GCCGGGCACGUUUACAAAAGGUGAAUGCUUUCGAGUUUUGACUCCCCGCAUGCUGCAGCUCGUUUUGGAAGCACGGCUCACAUACCACGUGACCCCUAUCGAGCAGUUGCCCCAUCUCUUCAAUCUAUGCUCUCUAAACCGACGACAGACAAGCUUGAGCGCGAACUCGGUGCCGUGCGCGCUUCUUUGUUUGCUUCGUGAUCCGUGUCGGCGUCUGGUCGGUGAGGUCGCUCUUGCGCGAAACUCUGCUUCGCUCAAGCACCGAUUCGGCGAAUCAUCGCCACUCAACGAUGGAGAGUCCUGGCACCGCCGGCACCUCGACGGGGGUAGACGAAGGCAAUCUCUUUGAAUCAAAAGCGUGCCAUCCUCGACAGAGUGAGCAUAAACGUAAAGAAUGGCGUCCACCGCCGGCCUCCUCCGCGGGGUCGUCGCAGCUGUCGACGCGAUCCGGUGGAGGUGCGGGCCCCGGGUGCGCUGGCCCCGGUCGGUCUCCAGGUAGGCGCCCAUGGCUGCGCCCUCGGUGCAGCGCCACGCCUGCUGCCCGGUCCGACGACGCCUGGACCAGGCCGCUCCUGCGCAGGCCAGGACCAAGGCCGCCCAGCACGCACGAGACCGCCGGAGCGCCGUGGAGCGGCUGGAGGCGAGCAAGGCGCAGUACGUGAAGUCUGAGCGGCUACUGGACUGCCGCCAGGGCCUGCGCGGCGGGGCCGAGGCGGUCCCCGUGUGCAGGCCCCUCGACUCGCGGUCCCCGUCGGCCUACGAGCUGGUCGAGCGCCUGCGGGCGUCGCCCCCGGCGGCAGCGCUGCAGAGGGCCCCGUCGCUGCGGCCCCCGUCUCCGCCCAUGCGGGCCCGAGCCCUGUCCGAGACGUGCUCGGCGCAGCGGAGGCCCUUCCGCCAGCGCUCGGUGCGCGAGGACGGCCGCCUGGAACUGCAGCUGCGCAGGCUUAUCGCCGCGGGGGACUGUGUCGAGGCCCCGCACAAGAGCCUGCCGGACCUGUCGCCCUCGACCGCGCGCAGGGCGUCCGGCGGCGACCCGGCGGGCGACGGCGGCGGCCGGCCGUGUGAGCCCCGGCCGCGGACGGCGUCCGACUACGUGGGCCGGAGCUGCUCGUUUCGCCAGUGUCCGGCCGAGCCGCCCCGCGACGUGCCCAGCCCCCGGCGGCCCGUGCUGCGCUCCAAGUCCGACGUGGCCCACCGGAGGCCCCCCGAGCCGACGCGGGCGUCGCGGCCGGCGGCCCCCGAGCGCUUCUUCGACUCGCUGGGGCUGGACGCGGGCGCCUGGCGUCUGGUGCUGUCGCCGUCGCCGCCCUCGACGGCGUCACGCUUCUUCGACAGCGUGAGCUCGGUCGACUCGGCCGCCGGCCGCUGCUCGAGCCUGGGCAGCGGCGACGACGACGCGGGCUCCCAUGGCCCGCUGCGGAACCUCGGCGACCACGCCGAGACGUCCAUCGUGGAAAAGAACGCGCGGGUCAUCAAGUGGCUCUUCAAUUGCCGCCGGGCCGCGGGCACGGCCUCGUGACCCGAGGAACGUCUCUCCGCUCCCGGGCGUACCUCCGGUUGCGCCGCCGAGGGUCCCCACGGGUCGGCGCGUGCAUGGGCCCUCAGGCGACUCUCCGCUGUGCGCGUGUGCUCAAGAAUUUCCGUCUCUAGCCGUGCUUGGAAAUGUUCCUCUUGUCAGUCUAGUCAGCGCGGCCUCCGAUCUCCUCCCGUCACCGACGCGGGGCCGGCCCCGCUCGUGGUUCUUCGCACUCGUUGGACUCUGCCCCACGACCGGCGGGUGUGUCGUUUGGCCCCGCGUCGUCAUCGUUCCUUUCCACCGGUGCCGAGACACCUCGGGCACCUGGGGGCAUUGAUCCUCCGACGCCAGCAGAGUUUCCCGCUCGAGUCGGAGCCCCACCGCUUCCUUAGGCCAAAGGUUCACUCCUCGUGACUUUCUGGGUUCUAUGCAAUAGGAGAACGGCGUGUGUUUCUCGUCGAGCAUCCCGAGUGCAGCGCGCCGGAGACGGCGUCGUCCUCCGCACGGCGGCUUUCCCCGUUCGGGCGUGCCGGUCCACCUCCCGGGGGCGUCUCUUGCCCCGCAUCGUUUCUGCACGUAUACGAGAGGCUACCCGAAUGGAAUAGGCGUAUACGGAAUAGGGCUAGGAGCCAGAGCUAUACGCACGUUUUUUGCGAGUCUGUGUUGGAGGGUUUCACAAAGGGGACCGCGCGUGUUUGUUUGCGGGUGUUCACAUAGCCUCCUCUAUACUCCCAAAGCCUGGCAGUUCGACGACGGAGCCAUUGAGUGCCCGGUCGCAGAUUCGGAGCGCGAGGAUCUGGUAGCAUAGAGCCUCAAAGAGCCAUUUCUCGGGGAACCUGGACGUCAGCGCACAGCUUUAGCAGCGGCGAGGACCCGAAACACAUUUGUAGGCUCGGAAGAAGUGUGUUUCGGCGUCUUGCCGCAGCGGGGCGCCAGUCACGUGGCUCUCUCUCACCCGUUGUCUGCCGCUCCACCUUUUCCAUUUCGGCGGCCGCUUCUCGUGGCGAUCUGCCAGGCUUUGUCAGUAUAUAGAAAAGAAGGCUAUGGUACUGAAUGACGGCGCUCGCGCUUUCUUGGUGCGGCGCGAGACCCAUGCUGGCAGUGAAGGCGGUGGUUACGGGUAAGACGCGAAAAUGGCUCGCAUACAGCGGGGAGUUGCGGUUACGAGUAACGAGACAGCUUGCGCUUUGCACCGGCUCGAUGAAAGUGGACCAGCUUGGUUUUAGUGUAAUGAAUUAGUCGGGCCAGGUCCGCGCUCUGUCUCUGCCCAGAUGCAGCUCCGAGGCUGUGUGGUAGACACCGCAUACCAUUGGCGAACUCGAGCGUGACGAAUCAUGGCAGGGCAAUUGAGAAACAAAAAAGGCGUUCGCUCCUUGAUUUUUUGUUCUUUUGUAUGUAAAUGCCUAUCCCACGCUAUAACUGACUUGGGCAACUAACCUUGCGCGCAAGAGCUCAAACUUGCGGGUAAGCAUUCGUUCGAUCAAAGGCCAAAGAAAUCAAAGGCCCUUCGAGGUCCGUUUUUCGAAACUUGGCCUUUGUAGACCGCCCCUGUGUGCUGACAGUCUCGUUGCCUCGUUGCUCUCACAUCGGGCCGUACCAGCGGAGCGAGAGCACAAUCCUACAGCGACUGCGGAAUUUCCUCUUUUUUGCAAAUGUUUCUUUCGAGUUUGUGACAGUAGUGCUUUGCGGUUUCUAUAGAAAAUGAGGACGGUGUCAGCUUAAGAGGAGCAAGUGUACAUCCGGUGCUUUCUUUUUUACUGUAGAACGGCAUCAGGAACGAGAGUGUGUGUUCCUUUUCACGGGUGUUGACAGGCCCUUUUGGAAAGUCCAUCGGGCAAAAUUGGUGGUCGCCAUUUCUUGGGCACGGAGCGUAUGACUGGAUCCCAAUCAUCGCCAAACACUGACACCAGUGAUUUCCCUACACACCCCCUAGGGGGGCCGUACACCCCCACCCCACUUUCCCGGCCAGUGUUGAAAAGUAGUUUAAGUACAUUGUACUUAAAGUACUACUUCAAGUAGGUUUAGGAAACUUGUACUUUACUUGAAGUACAUUUGCUGAGCAUGUGCUUGUACUUUACUUAAAGUAUCUUUUUUUCUUUUUUUUCUGGUACUUUCCGAGGGAAGUACAUCUCUCGACUUUAAAGUACAUUCCCCAAAUUCGGUUUUGUUAAAUUUGUAUCACGAAAUGAUGCUUUGUUGACUCCGAGGAAAUACUGAGAGGGAUAUUCUACUCUCUCCAGAAAACGUAGCAGACGACGCAUCGCUCCGUUUGUUUUGGGGGCGUUUUUCACGUAGUUUUUUUAACUCUCGCUACUUCUCGGUCGGCCAGCGCGAGGGAUGAGGUUUAAAAUAUUAGGAGAGCAAAACUAAUCAUAAUGCAGCACCUGAGACUGGGGUGUGGAAAAAUUAAACUUUCAAGUUGAAGAAAAAGACAACAGAGGAGGAUGUCACAAUGUUUUGAGACAUUAUGUUUUGUAUUUUCCUUCGUCUUAAAAGUUCCUUAAUUUUUUCGCAUCCCAAUCUCAGGUGUCCCAUUAUGAUUAAUUAUCACCAGCUCGCUUGCGCACUCACUAUUUUUUUUUAUUCUUCAUAAAGAAGAGGACACUCUUCUAUGAGAGGGUUGCUUGCGGAAGCUACGAGGCUGACGUCAUGCUCUCUCCUAGUUCAUUUAACCCCCUUGGGUGCAACAAUCCAGUGCAAGCGGUGCCAAAUUUAGAAGUGGGACUUCUGAAUUUGGCUCCAUUGCUGAAGUUGACUGCUCAGUGGCCACUUGACUUUAUCAAAUAUUCGCCGCUGUUUUCGAAAAUAGGACAUGCACCCGUGAUUACUCCUGGGCAAUGCAUACCAGUUAAAGAAACGCAGUAUAGGGAAAUGAAAAAGCAUCAUGAAAGUGUUAAAAUACUUGUACUUUACUUUGAAAGUCGAUUGUGUUUAUAGUACUCUACUUCAAGUACGUUGCAACCAGUGUACUUACUACUUUACUUGAAGUACAUAACGUCUCACUUACUUUGUACUGUACUCGAAGUACCUUUUAGAUGUACUUUGCCCAACACUGCCCCCGGCCCUGUUUUUCUGAAGGCAUUCCCUUAAUUCGCAAUGACUCCUCUAUUCUCAAUGCCCCCGUAAAAAUUUAGACACCCCUCCUAAUUUGAAUUCCACGGGGAAGCCCUGACUGAAACAACACUCGUUCUCGACACGAGAUGAGCCUAUUGGACGCCGAACGCUGAAACAGCGGUGUACUCCGAACAUACAUACUCCGAACACCUGCCCAAACAAUGCUCCGAUAAUUGGCGCAGCAGUUACUAGAUAGCGCGCCAAAUGGUAUAUUUCUCAAAGACUGGGCAAUGCGCCGAGUCGACUGUUUGCAUCGUAGCCUGUUUGUGGACGUUACGUACCCCUCUGGAACACGGCCUAUCCGUGGCUUUUUUCCCCGCAAAAGGAAGGUGCACUUCAGGGGCCGAUAUGGAGGAGGUCCAAAAACACGCUAAACACGCAAAAAAAAAAAAAGAAAAAAAAAAAGAAAAGAAAGGAACCUUUGAGAGAGAGUGUAUUACAUGGGUCUCCCAAACCAGGGUCGUCAUCGAAGGAGGCCCCAAAUGGGAGGCAGUGGGACAGCUUUAUUUGUACUGUUCCUUCGGGUAGCCUCUCGUACGCGGCGCUUCUAUUGCUCGUGCGUUUUCUAAUAAAUUGUACAGUGGUGCAAAUGUGGUUGGGCUCGUUUGUUUUGGGCCGAAGGGGAAAGCCAGGAGAUUCGUGUGUUUAGACCUUUGGCGGACUUGUUACCGGCAUGCCCGCUACGCGACGGUUCUGCGAAGCAAAAA